CCGCAGUGAAGUUUAACACAGUUCGUUAGUUCUAGCAAGUAGUUGAGCAGUACGCGUGUUUCCUGCUAGCUUUUGGUACUAUUGUGUGCAUUUUAUGUGAUCGUGGUUGCCUUUUAAAUACAUUUGGAUUACACGGUUCGUCAAGAUUCAGCGUCUGAUCAUGGUACAACGAUCAUAAACGUUAUUUCAUCAAACUUUAAGAUGUCUCAGUUCCUAUAUUUAUUAUUGACCUUCGGCCUAUGUAGUUUGGUUUCCUCCCAAUCAAAUUAUGCCGACCAAGCCAACAACAUUGAAUAUGUUGGAGAAGGACUACCCGACCAAGCUACCCUAGAUGGAAAAGUCACUAAAUUGGAUGACCUUAGUCCUGUUAUUUUUUUAAACCGCACCAAAGCGGUCCUGAACUGUGCUGCAGGAUCCAUGCAGAUUGACCUUAAAUUUAACGACAAAUUUUAUGGAAUUGCUUAUGCUGACUUCGAUAGAAAUUCUGCUUGUCAGGUGUAUGGUAAUGGCGGACUCAACUACAAGCUAGAACUCCCCUUGAAAGGAUGUGGAACAAAACAAGAGCCUCAACGUGUUUUUACAAAUAAUAUAGUUGUAAGGUUUCACCCAAGUUUUGAAAUUGAUGGGGAUGAAAUUAUUACUAUAGUUUGCCGAUAUCCCCCACCUGUAGCACCUUUACCUAUAGCUCCUUUACCUAUUCGAGAAGAUAUUGCACCAGUGGCUGCUUUGGCACCUCCAUUAAAAGGAUUCCAAAUAUUAUUGAUAAUUUGUGGUAUUUUGUUCUUAUCGUUACUUCUUCUUGGACUUGGUUGUUCGUACUACUGCCUUCGAAAACGAAAUGUUACUAUUAUUAGACAUCCAUUUUCAUCCAUUGGUACAGGCUCGGAAAUCACCAAACUAUCUGGAAGUUCACUUGGUAACCUUUCUAUGUUUGGGGAAGUUAAAAUUCCGAGAGCACACGCACCUCUUGUUUUAGCUGGAAGCAGUUCUGGUAGUGAGGGACCGCUAAUAAGUGAUACCCUUCCCUCGGACUAUCCUUCCGAAUCUCAUUCAGAAAUAGAGGAUGUUGAUACUAGAUCUUUACCUGUCUCUUCUGCUGGCAGUUUUGAAAAUAAGGCGUAUGUCCAGGAUACCAGCAGUUUUUACAGUGAAGGAUACGGCCACUCUCAAGAACAACAAGUUCAAAAUGCAGUUGCUAUUCCCGCAAUGGUAUCUAGACUUCCUUUAGCUGUCAAGGAUCAACCUAAAUUUGACGUUCAAGUACGUGUUAAGAAAGCUCCUCCAUCUCCACCCAGUCUCACACUUUCAGAUUCUGAAAGUUCCUUGGCAAGGAGUGAAAGAAAUCUUUCAACUAUUAUUGAACAGCGAGAGGAAAGUGUGCGAACUAUGGAAUCACCACUGCCAGUCGAACGAACUCAAUUUACCUACGUUCCUGAAUUGCACCCUCCUCCCAAACACAUUCAAUUGGCACCAACUUAUAACAGAAUUUUAAGAAGACAGCAAGAAUUGCAUGAAGAACCUAGGUCUAUUGUUUCCUUGAAUACUGAAAUGACCGACACCCAUUCAGUCACUGAAAUAAUGGAAGAUAAUCGUCCCAAAUUCCUUGCCUCCACUCCACCACCGCCACCCCCAAUUAUUCCUAGACAAGAUUACGUGAUGGAAAUGGAACAACCAGAAUCAUUAGAGCCACCAAUAGCUGUAGUUCACAAACCAGAUAUAACCUCGCAUGUGGUCGAUGAUGUCUUCUUAAGAACCAUUACUGAAAAGAAGACCAUCGAGGACAUUGAACGCCAUAAAAGAUUGGUUACCGAAUAUCAUACUCGUCAAAAACAGUUGGAAGAUCAAAAAUGGGACGUAACAAUCAAAAAUUACCCGGCAGAUAUGCCAGAACCACCAGAAUGGGAAAACUUUUCGGAUAUAUCUUCAGCUUCGGGUAUGACCUUAACACCUAAACUUGAAAGAAAUGUGAUGAGCAUUCCUCCCCCUAAUUCAAUCGAUGAUAAUAAACUGCCAUUAAAUUCACCAGAAUUGGUUGGAAGUAUUCGUCAGCAACCAUCUAGACAAGUUACCUCAACCAGUCAAAUUCAUUCAAGAGAGGAAACCUUCUUGUCUACAUUUAAUAUACCAAUUGAUAAUCCUGAGGUUCCUAAUUGGAACGUUCUAAUUAGAGUUUUGCAACCUGAACCAGAGGAAGGUCCAGUUAUCGAAAGCGCUGAAACGUUUAACUCCCAACUGACAAUGACUGAUAAAAUGAAGUGGCGUCAAAUUAUCACCACUGAGUCGACCCUUCGUACUAUGCUAACAGAAGCAACUGUUCGCGAAGAUUUUGAAAGAAUAAGUCAUGAUACAAGAUAUGAGAAGCUUUUUGAACCACCCAAAUGGGAUGUAAUUAUUCGAAUUUUAACACCAGUUGAUAAGUUUAAAAAUCGUUAUAAAAAGAAAUCAGAUUGGGAUACGAGAAGUCGUCGAAGUAGCUUGCCAACUUUAUAUGAGUACGACUCUGAUGGAGGUAGUUCCGUUAGAACAUAUCCCAGAGAACCGAUGGUAUUACCAUCCAUUCCUCUUAGAUCUAGAAAAACAUCCAAGUCAAGCUAUAGAAGCGAAGCUGACUUACGCUCUAUGUCAGAAACAAUCGUCGACUUUGCUAGGCCCGACCACGCUGACAGUCAAUCAGAAUCUUCUAGCUAUUAUCCAGGCCCUGGAAGAUAUUACGACGAUUUAGAACCUGACCAGCAUUACCAUGGUUUAGCAAGAUCUCUAAGUCAACCCAGCCUGGCUAGAUCUGCUAGUGAAUUUACAGAAAGAUGGGUAGCCCCUUCAAGAUACGAUACGGCUAGUGAAUUUACAUCGCCAGAGGGAACUCCGAAAUCCCAAAGAAGCACAAAAAUUCAGCCCGUACGUAUGCAGAGAGCCGGCACAACCGAAACGAGUUCGGUUUGGCAGGCUUCUUCUUCUGCCAGAAUGGUUCAAGGACCACGACAAUCGACCCAAGCCGUUAUCACUCAGGAGAUGAGGAGUCAAGCUACAAAUUUUGCUGGAAAAAAAAAUGAUAAUUGGUUCGGGGAAAACGACAGCGAAUCUAGUUAUAAAUAAAUAUUCCUAUUAAUUUCUAAAACAAUAAUAAUCGCUAACUAGGUACUGCCCAAUUUUAGUUUUUCGUUCGUUUUUACCACUGAGGUGCAGCGCAAACAAAAACCUUAUAUAAGCUGUAAAUUAAUUAUAUUUAACUGGUAGCUACUGCCCUUAUUUGUUACAAGAAAUUAAAGCUUAUUUGAGAGGUUUCUAUAGUAACAAAGCAAUUUAUUUUAGUAACUAAAAUGCUGUGAUAAUAAAGAUUUACAAUUUUAUUGGAUUACGGAUUAUUUUGAUAAAAAGGGCUUACCCGAUUUUUCACCUUUCCACUAUAUACGUGGGGAAUUGCAGAAUUGGGUAUUAUUUUCAAUUUGCUUUAUUUUCUUUUUGGUGACGGUAUUACGGUCUUAUUAGUACCUCCUUACAUUUGUUCUUUAACAUAUUUUAUUAUUUUUAUAUUUUGUUCAAUUUUACAUUUAAUUAAUAAAGACUAGCUUUUACUAAUAUUAAA